AUGGCCCUCAAUAUCGAAACAGUGGGGGCGGCUGGACUCGAAGCGUAUCCCGAUGUGAAGAUGCUGCAGCAGCACUUCUCAGGGGGCACAGGUGUCCUGCUCAGCUGGGAUCUGACGCCCCAACAUCUGAAAGUCCUGCAGGACCAAGCUGGUGCUGAGUUCUGGAAGCCACGUCAAGCACCUCCAACAGACUGGAACAACGAGGCAGCAUCAGCACCCGGGGACAGCGUUGGCACGUCUCAGGACAAGCAUCAGAAGCCCUGGCCAUUUUGCCCCAUCUGUGGGGCUCAUCCGAAAGUCUUGUACAUUGAUUGCAGAGAGGUGUACAUGCUGAGGACAUACAACGAGCCUCACACAGAAGAGACGGUGCCGGUCCCCCUCUUGCCCAUAACAUACCCCCUGCCUGGCCAGAUGUUCACAGUGGACUUGCCUCAGGACAAGGACACGUUGACAGGCGCUUCCAAGGUUGUGGGGAGUGCCUCGCUCAGGAAGAUUCUCAGGCGGUGGUCGGGUCAUGUUCCCGUCACGCAAAUCAACAAGCGUGACAAGCUGACGGAGGUCCAGGUCGCGAUACAGGAGCCUCUUAAAGAGGACGAACUCCAGAAGUUGGAGGAGCUCCCCUCCUGUGUCCGCAACCUGAUCGAGGUCGUCAACGGUGCUGGCAAGACCCUCUGCCCGUCACCUGCCUAUGCCCCCCUUUUCUACCACCUGGGGUACAUGCACAGCGACUCUGUGCUCCUGAAGCAUGGCGCGCAGGAAGCCAUUGUUGCACUCUUGGUGACCCUGAAGCUCGCGGGGCGCAAGGAGCUCAUCGAGAUCCACUGCGAGUGGGACGAGGCGUUGGACACGUACGCGCCACUCCUGCAGCGGGUGAUCCACAGUUGCAAAGCCAAGACUCAGACCUGGAAGGGGUUCCAGGUGAUUAUCCCGCCACCCCCUGCGGGCCUGAAGGUGGUGCGGAAGAGCAGCGGCUAUAGCGCGAAGGUGGCAAUGCUGAGAGCAUUAGCCCCGCUGCUUCAGCACCUGCUGCGACUGUCAUUCUACACCAACGACUACAUCACCUGGCAGGUUGCGUCGGACAAGCUCUGUGAAGCCUUGGGGGUGAAAUCCAACGAGACAUGGUUGGCGGAGACAGUGGGUGGGGGGCGGAGCGUCGAUCCGGCGGAGGCGUGGGCCAAGCGAGGAGAGAUUAGAGACCUGAUGUCAGGUCCUUGCCGGGGAACAUACGAGUACCCUGCAACAGAAAAAUACAUACUCAAUCAGCAGAGGCUGAGCUCCUCCAACACCUAUCACCGGGUGUUCCGUGCGGUGCCACAGUACGUGGGGAGGGACGCAUCCAACGGCAUGUGUCUGGGCGGGGAGCGAGACAUCAAGUGCCUCACGGAGGCAGGCGAUGAGAAGACGGCACUUGUUACGAGCGAGGGAAAGGCCAAGAAGAAACCCCCGAGGGCCGACACCGAUGGGGUGAUGGUGGGAACCUGCAAGCACCGCUUUGUCUACUACUUCCACAUCCUCCUCCGACAUGAGUCUCUGCGGGACAUCUUCACAUUCCUCUCGACUCGAUUCGAGCACCGGCCUCCAGAGAUCAUUGUCUACGACAACGCCUGCGAGCUCUCCCGGUACUGUGAAGGGCGGUGGCCAGAGUUUUUUGCCAAAACCAUGUUCCUCACGGACGUCUUUCACGGCGUCAACCACCGGUGCUCAGACGAGUUCAAGUACAACAAGCACCGGCUGGAUGAAGGGCGUGAGCUCCAGAACACGCGCAACACAUCGGUGUCCGAGCAGAUCAAUCAGCUGAUGAUGCGCCUGGACAAGACUGCAACCCAUUUUACCAUCGGGAAUGGUAUGCUGGUCUACGAUCAUUUUGUGUACAUGCACAACACCCAGCUCCACAAGGAGUGGUUGGCGCACUCUAAAUCUGCCCCGUGA